AUGGAAGAGCUGGACCCCUCCAGACCCUUCUGUGUAACUUCAGAGCCAAACCGGAAACCAAAGGAUCUUGUAAUUAACCUUUUACAAACCUUUGCUGCUAAAUUGAUUCCAGGGACCUGGAACCAGUUUGAUAAGGCUACGGCCCCCACACUAGAGCAGGCCGCUCGAGACCUGGCGACUGACGCCAUGACAAAUACACUUGAAGCGACCCAGAGUCACACACUCUGGACUCCCCUGGCCAGAGAUACUUCCAGGCCCCAAUCUCAGGCCAGCCCCAGUCGAGAAACCGACAGUGCUCAUGCAGAGCCUCACACAGUCGGCCUCAACGCUCCGACGUCCACCCAGGACACGGACCAACCCUCAACCGAGGUAAGACACCUGGCCGCACAGGUAAGUAUCCUCACUAACAGCCCAAAAGAGGACUACUUUUAUAGGCCCCCCACAAACGGAGGACCAGAGCCCGCCAGGACUAAACCCGAAGGAAAUGUGCUGAGGUCGACUGAAGACCUCCCACAGAUAAGACUUGAAUCUCCCCACGUGCAGGAAAACCACGACCGCGGGACGUCUUGGGCCAAUACAGGCCCUAACCGACCAACACGGUCCGACAUAAAUGGUAGGUACCCAAACUGGACCAGGUCAAACUACGACCACUAUGACUGCCCACCUAGUCAGAGAUACAGUAACAGACCGGAACCCCCAGACAGAGGACCGGACCCACCUGACUACCACGGCUACCGGCAACUGGCCUACUGCCAGGAAGCCCCCAGGGACCCACUAAGUCACAACAGACAAGACUCUUACAGUGACCGCUCACAGUGCCCCAGGUACCCAGACUUCCCGGAUGUAAGACCCGUACCGCCCACUAGCCGACAGGACUGCCAAGACUAUAGGAGACGUGACCCCUAUAGCCCAACUCCCGCCUGCCACCGCGAGCGCCAAAUGCAUGGGCCAAUACAAGGUCGAGACUACCCCGGACCAACAAACCGUGACUUUGACCGCAUUGCUCGCCACAUUAACCGCUUUGAACCCCAACCGGGAAACCCUGCAGACCCCCAGUCGUACCUCAGAGACAUUGACUUCUACUCUAAACACAGCCGACCCGCCACACGGCGAAACUAUGACAAUCUCUGUCAGGCCCUCCUCGACGAAUACUCUGACUUUGGGACGUCUGGUACACUCACUGCAGCCCUAACCGUCAGACAGGCCCGUAACGAGCCGUCAGAUGCUUACUAUCACAGACUGAGACAGGCAUACUUCGGUAACCAAAAUUACCAAAAUAUGGAGGAGGACAAACACUUUAAAGCCCUGUUCAUCCAAAACCUCCACCCCAGCCUCAGCCUUCUCCUAGGUGUGACUGCAUGCCCUGUUACACAAAACAUGCGGCAGCUGAGGACUCUGGUAGCCAGAGCCCAAAGUAUUCACACAAUGAGAUCCCACAACAAACCACCGGAGGCGCCCUCAGUCUACAGUGUUGGUAAACAUUCUAAACUAAAGAGCGCCCCCGCCCACCAGCUGCGUAAAACAGCACGUAAGGCCAACCAGGGCCAACUCCCACAGGCCAACACCACGUAA